AUGGCUGAGAAGAUUGAGGAAGAGAAUGCUUUAAGCUCUCCAGAGAACCUGACGUGUCCACUAUGUCUUGAUAUCUUCGACGGGGCAACGAUCCUGACUUCAUGCGGUCACACCUUCUGUCGGAAAUGUCUCAAGAACUAUGACCUUUCCCACCAGGAUCUCGAUCACAUGAUCUGUCCUCUCUGCAGGAAGAUCACCAAGUUGUCUGCGAACCGUGUCGAUGAUUUCCUCACCAAUGUGACGGUCAACGGACUCGUAGACGAUUAUCACGCCAAGUGUGGAGGGGUGGAUGCUGCCCUUGAGAUGCGUCCAAAAUGCACUGCAUGCAAGUUUCAGCGAGAUACUGUCUCAUUUUGUAAAACGUGUAAUUUCUAUAUGUGCACUAAUUGCGACUGCAGCCAUGAGCAGUCACACUUUGAAGGUCACGAGAUUGUAUCCCUACAGGAUAUCAUCAACAGGAAGGUCAGCGUUGGUCAUGAUUCCGAGAACUGCUGCAUCCACAAACAAGAGAACAACGAUAUGUUUUGUGAAGAUUGUAAGGUCCUCGUCUGUCUCAAGUGCGUGAUCGUCGGUCAUAAAAAUCACAAAAUCAAGAAUCAGGCUGAUUUCGAGCAGGAGUUACGGCUUAAGGUGAACGAACUUGUCCAGCGUUGCGCCACUAAGAAAUCGGAACUGGAGAAGAACAUUCAGAAUGUGGAAGUACAACGCCAUGAAGUAUACACUGCCGUGCAGAGAUUACUGGACGAUGUCGGUCAAGCGUACAGCAACAAGGCCAAAAAGCUUGAAGAAAAUCAUCGGAAUCUCAUCGAGCGCAUCAAUGCAAUAAAGCGGAGUUUCGAUGACGACCUUAACGUAUUGAAAUCCAACGAUCGAAAGAGAAUCAAGAGUAUUUGUAGUUCAAUAACACUGGUAGAUAAUGACAGACUGGGUCAUCUUGAGACAGACAGUUUGACAGCUCAUACCUUGCUCUGUGAGGAGCUGGAUGCCAUGCUGAAGAAGGCUACUGAUCGCACUUCUUCAGCAGUCAUUACGAAGAAAGCACAGGAGAAGAGGUUCAAGCCUGCAUAUUAUAAUCGUCUUGACCUCGGGAGCAUCUCAGAAUCAACUACUGAUCACACUUCUGCUGCAGUCAUUACGAAGAAAGCACAGGAGAAGAGGUACAAGCCUGCAGAUGAUACUCGUCUCGACCUCGGGAGCAUCUCAGAACCAACUACUGGUCACGCUUCUGCUGCAGCCAUUACGAAGAAAGCACAGAAGAAGACGUCCAAGCCUCAUCUGGGCAUCGGGAGAAUCACAGAAUCAGUUCCUAAAUUGGAAGUCAUUCGGUGUGUUGGUCUACGGGGACGGAUGUCGGGUAUGACCCCGUACUCUGAUGACAGUGUAGCUAUCGGAUAUAGUGAUGAAAAUGGUAUAGAUAUCAUUGAUUCAGCUGGUAAACAGGAGCAGUAUGCAAACAUACCAAGUAACAUGGUGUGUUGUGAUAUUUUGUUUCAACAAGACAGGUCGUUAUGCAUAUCGAAGGGUGUCUUUGAAGCGCACAUAUAUUCUCCCAAUGGAUUCAGGAAAGCAACCAUCCACGUGAAAUUCAUGAAUGCCAAUAUCACACUAAACAGAAGUCAAUCAGAUGAAAUCCUCAUCGCUAACAAUGAUCAGCAAGUCUAUAUCUAUGAUCCAACUGGGUCUACUCUCAAACACACUGUUCCAACGAAACACAACACGACGAGGCAGGUAUCUGCUACCAGGUCGGGUUUGAUUGUCACGAGCUCAUGUUUUUACGACAAUCCAAACGUGUUGACGGUCUAUGACAGGAAUGGGAAUGCUGGUGAAUCUCUACAAGCUCUAGACGACGAUGUCUGCCUGUUUGCUGCCGUGGAUGAGCAGGACAGGGUGUAUGUAGCGAGUGCUGAUCGUGAGAAUGGUAACGUGGUGAUCAGGCUCUACGGCCUUGAUGGUCUUAACCUGAAAAUGAGAGCUGAGUUCAAAGUUCUUAAUAAUCUGAAGCUGUAUUAUGGUUGGUGUUAUUUGGUUUCCCUCUCCUCACACAUGCUCGCGUUUGCUUGUGGCUACAAGUUGUAUUUUAUCAAGGUAUCACUGUAA